AUGGCUGCUGCAGCGGCGGCCGUGGCCUCCCGCCUGGCGCGCCAGGAGCAAGAGAUGCGCUGCCUGGCGGCCGAGAUCGGGCGGCUGAAGGAGCCGGAGCGCUGGCCCGGCGGCCUGGGUCUCCCCGCCGACCCCAGCCCCGAGCUGCAGGCGCUGCGGGCCGAGAACGAGAAGCUCCGCUACCGACGCCUCCACCUCCGCCGCAGCCUGCAGGCACAGCUGGGCCGCGCCGGGGAGGAGGAGCCCGGGGAAGGAGAGGUAACCGCUGCAAGCUCGGCCUCCGCCUUACUCUCGAGCAGAGACCCUUCUUUGGGAGUCGGCUUUUUAAAAACUCGCCUUUUCGUUUGCCAGGAGCCGAGCUACAUCCCGGACAGACUGAAGCUGUAUGCAGCGCUGAAGAAAGAGCACGACACCCUGCUUUCUUCCAGGGCAGCCAGUCAGAGCAGAACGAUCCAAAUCACCCUUGCCGAUGGGAAGAAGGUGGAAGGGGAAUCCUGGCGAACAACUCCCCAUCAGAUUGCGCAAAAAAUCAGCCGAGCGCUGGCUGAUAGUGCGGUCAUCGCCAAAGUGAACGGUGGACUGUGGGAUUUAGAUCGUCCGCUGGAGGGAGACGCUACUUUGGAGCUGCUCACGUUUGACAGCGAAGAAGCGCAAGCGGUGUAUUGGCAUUCUAGCGCUCAUAUUCUUGGAGAAGCCAUGGAAAAUUUUUACGGAGGAUGUUUGUGCUAUGGACCUCCCAUUGAGAAUGGGUUUUACUAUGACAUGUUCAUGGAAAACAGAGGGGUAUCUAGUAGCGAGUUCCCAACACUGGAGAACCUCUGUAAAAGCAUCAUAAAGGAGAAACAGCCCUUUGAAAGACUAGAAAUCCGCAAGGAAGUCCUGCUGGACAUGUUUAAGUAUAACCCAUUUAAAUGUCGAAUUCUAAACGAGAAAGUUGACACACCGACAACAACCGUGUACAGGUGCGGCCCAUUGAUUGAUUUGUGUCUGGGCCCUCACGUGAGGCAUACUGGCAAAAUUAAGGCCUUGAAGAUCAUUAAGAAUUCUUCCACGUAUUGGGAAGGAAAGGCCAACAUGGAAACCCUGCAGAGAAUUUACGGGAUAUCGUUCCCAGACAACAAAAUGAUGAAGGAAUGGGAGAAGUUCCAGGAGGAAGCCAAAAACCGAGACCACAGGAAAAUUGGCAGGGAACAAGAACUCUUCUUCUUUCACGACCUGAGUCCCGGAAGUUGUUUCUUUCUUCCCAGAGGUGCCUUUAUUUACAAUACGCUCAUCAAUUUUAUUAAAGAGGAAUAUCAUCGGCGUGACUUCACUGAAGUGCUUUCUCCUAAUAUCUACAAUAGCAAACUUUGGGAAGUUUCCGGCCACUGGCAACACUACAGUGAAAACAUGUUCUCGUUUGAGUCUGAGAAGGAAACGUUUGCUCUUAAGCCUAUGAAUUGCCCUGGACACUGCUUGAUGUUUGCUCACCGGCCCCGAUCCUGGAGGGAAAUGCCUUUGAGGUUGGCUGACUUCGGAGUUCUCCACCGAAACGAGCUCUCGGGGACCCUGAGCGGUUUGACUCGCGUCAGGCGCUUCCAGCAAGACGAUGCCCAUAUCUUUUGCGCCAUGGAGCAGAUUGAAGAAGAAAUUAAAGGUUGCCUGGACUUCUUGCAGUCAGUAUAUUCCGUCUUUGGCUUUACCUUUCAACUGCAUCUUUCUACAAGGCCUGAAAACUUCCUUGGAGAAAAAGAAAUCUGGGACCAGGCAGAGAAGCAACUCCAGAACAGCCUGGAUGACUUUGGGGAGCCAUGGAAGCUAAAUCCAGGUGACGGGGCAUUUUAUGGUCCCAAGAUCGACAUUACAAUCAGAGAUGCUAUCGGCCGAUACCACCAGUGUGCAACUAUACAACUUGACUUCCAGCUACCCAUCAGAUUUAAUCUUUCCUACGUUGGUAAAGACGGCGAUGACAAGAAACGGCCGGUGAUUGUCCAUAGAGCUAUUCUGGGCUCCGUGGAGCGGAUGAUAGCCAUUCUAGUGGAAAAUUAUGGUGGAAAGUGGCCUUUCUGGCUCUCUCCUCGGCAGGUCAUGGUGGUUCCUGUCGGGCCUACUUGUGAAGAAUAUGCUCAGCAGGUCUGCAACAGCUUUUUUGAUGUUGGCUUCAUGGCCGAUGUGGAUCUAGAUCAGAGCUGCACUUUAAACAAGAAAAUAAGAAAUGCCCAGCUGGCGCAAUAUAAUUUUAUUUUUGUGGUUGGAGAAAAGGAAAAAGCAAACCAUGCUGUGAAUGUCCGGACAAGAGACAACAAAGUCCAUGGAGAAGUUUCAGUCCCUUCUGCCAUUGAAAAACUAAUGAAGUUAAAAGAGUCGCAAACGCUCCAUGCAGAAGAAGAAUUCUAAUCCUUCCUGACUUGGGAACACACUGGA